UUUCUACUCCGAACUCAAGUUGCAGAUACUGGAUCUCUUCUGGUUUUCUCUACAGAUCGCCCACUCUGGAGAGAAGCCUGGCAUGUCGAUCGUAGACGAGAUGCCAAAGCUAGACGAGUUUAUGACGCAGUUCUAGGACGCACUGGACGCUAUGCCCAAACUCCGUACCUUGAUCAAUCAGCCGAUGAAUUCAUCUCGACUUCUUACCAAGGAUCCUAAAUUCUACCCAAUUACAACUCAGAAUCUGCAGGGUGGAUUGAAUACUAUAGGCUCCCAAAUGACCCAGGCUACUCACCUUCUAUUGCAUCUUGGGCUGAGUGCUGGCCACGAUCGAGCUCCAGGUCAAUUAACUCGCUUUUACUAUGUCGAUACGUAUGACUAUAGCCUGUUUCCCAAUUUACGUUUCGAGUAUCUUCCGUCACUCUUUACUUCGUUAACACACCUAGAUAUGUGUAUUAGCAACGUACACAUGGCGGUCCACCUUCAAGACCUAAGCAACUAUAUUAUGGCCUCGAAGGACCUUAUUUAUCUUCGGCUAUGUUUUGAAAGGGGAAGGCAAAUUUACGAGGAACCCGAUGGGCAAAAAACUGCCUUCGAAAUUCUUCUAGAUCACCCAGAUCUCUACCUACCCAAAUUACGCUCCUUGUAUAUUCAUGACAUGGGUACUCCAAAGGAGCCCUUCAUGGGCUUCAUCAAGAAGCGCAUGCAAACGCUGAAGUCGCUUAUAGUUGAAGAUGACCUACCAUCUGACACCAUCUUCGAUCUCGUUGAGAUUAUCUCAUCGCAUGAACUCGAAUUAGAAGAGUUUGCUAUCAUACCAUCGGACUGGGACAGUCAUUGGCCUCUAAAUUUGAUCAAUAAACUCCACCCAGAUCCACCACCGAGGGAAUAUCCAGAUCUCAGAAGAUUUGAGAGCUUUGAUGCCGACACGCGAACAGAUGGGGUGGACAAAUAAACAGGUUUGGACAAGAAACGCUCUCGGUCAUGUCAGUCCAUGCGCCUAUAUAACUAUACAUACACCAUUCUACGACAUUGAUGACUGGAGAACCGCGGCGGUCAUGGAUUCGAGGCAUAAAUUUUAUCGGUUUAAUACUCAUUAUCCCUUGGAACAGGUCCUACGAUUAGACGCAGACAAUGGCGAAAUGAGAAUGCUGAAAGGAACGGGAUAUCGUUACGAAUUUUUAG